CGAACACUCCCGAAAUUCCAGCCAAAACCAGAUAAUCUUGUGUCAUUAUCCUCCCUUUCUAGCCUUAUAAAUACACUUAUUUCACAUUCUUUCAUUGUCUGAUAUCACAAACAAACCGAAGCAAAAGGCCUAAAAAAAGAGUGAGAAAGAAACCAUGUCUGGAAUCAUGCACAAGAUUGAAGAGAGCUUUGGAGGGCACAAAAAAGAUGAGGAACACAAAGGAAACCCCCAUGAUGAACACAAAGGUGAACACAAAGGCGAACACAAGCAAGAGGGCUUUAUGGACAAGAUGAAAGACAAAUUGCAUGGUGAUGAGCAUAACAAGGGUCACAAAGAAGGGCACAAAGAAGGGCACAAAGAAGGGCACGAAGAAGGACACAAAGAAGGAUUUAUGGACAAGAUGAAAGACAAGUUCCAUGGUGAUGAACAUGACAAGGGUGAGAACAAGAAAAAGAAGAAGGACAAGAAGAAGCAUGAGCAUGGACAUGAAAAACAUGGUGACGGUAGUAGCAGCAGUGACAGCGAUUAGAUAUA